AUGCAUGUUUUUGCUGUCUUGCUUACUUUCCUCUCCUACUUUAGAGCCGGUAUUUCAGUUACUAGUACAGGGUCGUAUGUUGUUGUUCCACAACAUGUUUUACUGGGCUGGAGUCAGGAGUUAGAUAACAUUAAUCGUAUCCAAUGUUUGUUAGCUUGCUCAAGAAAAAUUUACUGUUUUUCGGUGAAUUACAAUCGCCAGAAUAGUAUUUGUCAGAUAAACAAGCAAAUACGGGAGGAUGCAACCGCUGGAAAUUUCUUAGUAAACAUCUCAUAUGAUUACAUGGAAAAGAUCAUCGACGGUGAUUUAAAGAAACAUGGCGUAUGUUUCAUAUCUGUUAAAAAUGAUUAUGAAGCUGCAGUCGAAAUAUGCAGUUAUAAUUUAGGCUCCAUUGCUUCUUACGAGCAGCUAUACAACGCAUUUCAACCAACUCUGAACAACUGUGAAGAGGGCUGGCUUAUCAGUAGAGAGAUUGCAUUCACAGGACUAACAAACCUCUGCACAUUAAAACCACCAGACCAACGUAGCAAUGUGUUCCCUUGUAAGAGAUAUGAAAGUGGGGUUUAUUGUCACUGUGAAUAUAAUCCUUCGAUGGAUACAUUCGACUAUUUGCCAAAAACCCAACGGAUCAUUCGACUGACAGAUAGUAACUCUAAGAUGUUGAAUGCAUACGAUGCUAAGUUCUGUUGCGGCUCUAGAUUCAGUGGUCAUCUUGCGACACCUCUUGACGUUUAUAAUAACUCAUUGUCAAUAGGCGUUAAUCUUUGCGAAACAGGAUGGCUUUUAGGUUCCUUGGUAGGUAAUCCAUGUAUGGGACAUACACCACCUGACUUCUGGCUUUAUCCGGCAGGAAAUGAAAUUAACUUCAAGAAAGCAAAGAACGAAUAUUCUGCAUUUUGCUUCGUUCCUAUUGCAAACCAAACCUUAAGUAACCCUGACCCAUUCCCCUCCCAUCGUGUCAUGAAUGGACAAGGAGAAAUUCGUUACUCUUUAAAUUAUUACGAUGCUGAAGAUUUUUGCGCUAAUCGCAGUGGUAGAAUGGCAACGAGGGAAGAAGUGGUGCACGCCUGGGAGUCAGGAUAUGACUGUUGUCAGGCAGGCUGGGUCACAAGUGGGGAAAUCAUUUUUCCUAUAGGAGAAGCCAGACCACAAACGUCAUGUGGCGGUGUAACUCCAGGUAUCAAAAGCUGGGGUUACCAAAAUAAGAAUACUGCAUUUGCAUCCGUCUUUUGUUACAUGUUGUAAAACACUAAACUCAUUUUUGUAUACAUUAUUUGGAUAAUAUAUUUGCUUGCAGCUGAUUUUCAGCUACCAUCUAAAAAGUCUAGGUUCUAGCCUGUUAUAAACCAGAGAGCCGAAACAACGCUAUAAACGGGAGAAGUAAACCUGAUUUCUUUUUAAAGUAUGCCUCGUAGUUUUUAUUAUUAUCGAUAUUUGGUCUAGCAAAACUAGGCGGUACAGACCUCAAAUUUGAGGUGUCAUUGCAGGACUAUUAUUUACUUGCAUAUUACUAAACAUGCUUGAUGAUAAUGAUCUUUAUUCAAAAUAUUACAUCCUAGGUGAUUCUGUCCUAGAGAGCGGUCGUAGCCUCUUAUUCGACAUUUACUCUUACUCUUAGGUGCCUUUUGAUUAGUUGUUCGACGAACCGCCUCUUUAGCCAAAUAUGGCAUCUCGCAUUAUUGUUGUUUGCAUGG